AUGGCUUCGGUUGACGUCUGGGACCAUGACUGGGUGCCUCCACAACUUUCCCAAAUCAAACUGUACUUAGAAAGCCAUCGAAAUGUCUCAUUCCCUCCACUGGAAGAGCUAACCGCCGGAAUCGUCCAUGCUUGCGAAUCCGGAAUCCAUGAGUGGCAGGAAUAUUGCACGCACCUUACAGAGAAGAAAGACAAAGAAUAUGCUGGGAUGUCCGAACGCUCUCCGUCCCUCGAAUCAUCCAACAGGUUCCGAGGAACUCCUGCACGGAUGAUGUUCCACGCUGUCUUCUUCGGACUCCUUAAGACUCGCUUGGCAGUGAUGUGGAUGCAGCACUCACCUAGAGGCGCAUACCCCACCCCAAUCACCAUGCCCAUUAGUCCACAAGAAAACUCUUUGGCUGAUGAACAUAAGCGCAACAUCUCCUAUUGGAAGCUGCGGUCCCGUCUCGCGUUCUUCGAUGACUCGCUUGAAAAUGACAUCCAGAGCUCGGUCCCUGCUCAGACAGCGCAGGAACCAUCCAGCAGCAGCAAUGCUGCGAGUCUUCUAAAGGAGGCAGAAUCGCGUCAGGAUGCCUCCAGAUGGCAUCAAAUUGCAGCCAACGUUCUCUAUGCUGCAUGGGGCCUCCGUCGCAUUCUGGACUCCUCGGAAUUUCUGAAUGAAAGUAUCACAUGGGAGAAAAAAUCCUCUGGUUCUGCCAUAAUCGGACCGUUGGCCCUUGCCGUCUGCAUUUCCCCCCUCACCCUUUUAAUCGGCACAACGAUGACGAAACCUGGCUGUCUGCCAACAUGGACGUCGUUAGCCAACCACAUCUGCAAGGGGGCCAGCUUCCCUUCCAUGUCUGAUGCAGAGGUGGUGAUGGAAAGUGCCAUCCUUCACGUGGUAGUGGAGACGUGUAAGCGAGGUCAGCUAGUGUUACAGGAUUUCGAAGUCCUCAAACAUGCACGGAUGCAUGUCAAGAUCGCUGCAAGUCCUCCCCCAUCCUCCCCCAUUCCCAAUCCUCAUCAACAGACUGCUGCAGAACUGGGCCCAAGAUCCUGCAAGCGUUCCCAGCAGCAGCAGUCCAGCAAGCAGAGCAAAAAGCCCAGGACAGCGAACAAACACCGCACUGGGAAAGGGAAGGGGAAACACUCGACUGGCGGGGAAGGCCCUGAGGGGGGGAGCUCUAUUCCGGAACCGGAGGGUGACGGUGAUUUGCGCAACUUCAUAUCUGAGUUCCGCAUCCCUGAUCUUGAGGACCUCCAAGAACACUGGCCUAAACUCAUCGCUCCGCCUUCCUCUUCCUCUCUCUCCCCCUCCUACCAUUCUCCCUCCUUUUCCUCCCCUUCCCCCUCCUACAACCUUCCCCCACGACUGAAGGCCCUCAACACAAUGUGUCUCCCAUGCACCUCCACUGAAAGUCACAACACAUACAAAUGGGUAUUGGACGACUUCGGCUUCCCCCACUAUCCUGAUUCGCCCUUAUAUUCCCAGGAGCCCAUCAAGAAACUCUCACGUUUACUGGAGUCUGAGGCAUUGGAUACCGACUGGCGCCCACGCACUAUGAUGGAGGCUGAAGCCUUCACCAUGCCUUCAAGUACUUUCCAAUCCAUCGUCAACAACGAGGGCCUGGUUCUGAUGGUUGGCCCCCCUGGAAAUACGCCCAAGUUGGAUCUCUACGACCUCCUCUCCCUCAAGAGCAAAGGUGGGGUUGUCGAAUGCUUCAAUCAUGCCGGCACUGUCAACCCUCCAGAUUCGGAUCACUCUCGAACCGGUGAGGACGACGAGAAGACCACAUGGGAGCCACUGGACAAAGUUGUACAUGAAAUCUCCAAUUGGAAGACGUCCCGGCCAUUGGUGGUGCAUCACCUUAAGGGGGUUAUACGUCUUCCAGUGGAAAGCCUCCUCAACACUUUUGACGACCUCAUGUUCAACAGCAUGGAUGAGGGACAUCUUCCAGAAGAUUACCCGACUUGGAGGACUCCGAUGUUGGCCGCAGCGGGAUCUUAUACAGCACCCCAUCAAGAUCCGGAUGGGGUUGGCACAAUCCUGCACUGCUAUGCAGGGUACAAGCUCCUUUUCUUCCCAGUGAAUAUGCAUCCAGAUCCCUUGAUCGUGAAGUUCGACGACAUCGACUUUGGAGGAGCCAUCGGUUUGGAGUACCUAUUCCACCUCCCAUAUCGGACAAACGCUGUAAGGCUCUCUUCCCCCUUGGACGAUCUCACAUUCCUGACGUCUGGCGAUAGCAUUAUGGCUCCAGGUCAAAUUCAUUUCGUGUUCACGCUCUCGAAAUGCGAAGUGCACGAGGAGCCAAGCAUUGGGGCACUCAUGCAUGGAUCGUUUUUCCUCUCCUCUCGGUGCAUGACACGGUCUUUCCACUCCAGUUGGGUGGAUCGCCUCCUCCAGUCGCAACGGGAAGGAGCCUCUGAUAGGUGCGACACAGUGGCCGCUCUGCUUUCGGCGUUCGUGCACGACUCGCAAGAACGUGUGCACUCUGGGCAUCCAAUAAGGGGAGACCCCGAGCCCAAAGAAAUCUUUUCCGCGAUGUUCAUGGCGUUGAUGUACCACCCACGUCCAGAUAGAAAGGACACAGCAGGUGUUGCGAAGUCCAUCAUCCUGCAUUAUGCAGAGACUCACCGCAAGGAGUUCGAAGACUUCCGGAAUGAUUUUAACAAGGUGCAGGCUGCAAACUUGGCCAAUCCUGCGUGUUAUCCCGGAGAGGUGGCAGAGCUUCGUCGUCGCAUGAAGUUGGCAGUCCAGAGCCUAAUCAGUAGUAUGGAACCCAGCCAGCAUUGA